AUGGGCAACCUUCCCAAGGGUAACCUUGCAUCCUGGCCUCCUCGGCCCAUCCUUGGCCACUUUCGUUGGCCGCGCCCCGCUCGAAAACCUUCGACGUGGCCUUCCAAGGUCCUUGCACCCUUCUCGCGCGUCCUUACUAGACGGGUCGACUGCAGCCGCCCCCCCCCCCAGGAGACCCUGGGGCAGCUGCGCUUGGUGGAGGGCGACGAGGUGUCGUUCUGCGUCCCGCGCGCUCGCGAAGGGGAGCCGGUGGAGGCCCAGCUGGUGUGCCUCGAGCAGACCGCCCGCCCCGCGGCGGCCGUGCUGGGCCUCUUCUCGGCCCGGCUCCCGCGCGACAGGCAGCGCCCCGACCUCGCCCUGCACUGCCACGCCUUCGCGGACAAGGUGGUGGUCACGGGUCUCCCGGCGGACGCCACCGAGGCCGAGCUCUUCCAUUUCUUCUCCAAGCAGGGGGCCACCAAGGUGGCACUGGCGUGGGCGGCGGGCGGCGCCGGGUACGCGGCGGCACAGUUCCCGGGCGUCGGGGCGGUCUCGCGCCUGCUCAGCAGCGGGGUCCACGCCUUCGCGGACGAGGCGGAGACGCGGGUGGCCACGCUGCUCCCCGGCGCGCCCGCGGCCGAGCAGCCGCCGCUGCCGGCCCUCCCCAGGCCCUGCCUGACUCCCGGGCAGGAGCCGGGUGCGAUGCUGAUCACCUGGUCCCCGUCCGUGAUAGCCGCCGAGUACAUGCUGGAGAUGCGCCCCGCGGGCGUGCAGGCGCCGUGGAGGCCGGUCGAGGAGCUCACGGGCCGCGCCCAGCGCUCGGAGUGCUCCUCCUGCAGGGUGACCGGCCUCCCCACGAGCACCGCACUGGAGGCGCGGGUGUCCUUCGCCACGACGUGCGGGACGAGGUCCGAGGUGUCCGACCCCUCCGAGCCGUGCGCCGCCGUCCCACCGCCAGCGCCGAAGCCAGAGGAUCCUCCAGUGACCAUCCCAGCGGCCGCGUUUCCGUCGCAGCUGGCCUCGGGGCCGUCGCACGCUGUGGCGGCGCCCGCCCCCUUGCCGCCAGCGGCGCCCCCCUGCGCGCCGACCCUCGGGUGGCAGUGCGUCCACGGCGGGCUGGUCCCUGCGCCCCCCGCGCCAGAAGUGCUCUGGGCCGACGAGGUGGGCUCCUCGGUGCUGGUGAGGUGGUUUCCGGUGCCCCACGCCGCAGCGUACGUGGUGGAGCUGUCUGAGGCUGGCGGCUCCGCCUGCGAGCGCUUCGUCCGCGGCGCCGAGGGUACGGCGCUGGGCUGCCCGGUCGACCUGCAGGUGGGCGGCCUCCGCCGGCUCGCGCCCGGCGGCUGCUACUUGGCGCAGGUCCGUUGCGUGAGCACCUUCGGAGGCGAAUCGGCGCCCUCUGCGCCUGGGUGGACGACGCCUGCGGGGUGGGCGUUGGCGCCGGCGUCGGCAGCCGGCCCUGGCACCGCGGUGCUCCCGCGGCUGCUGCGCUCCCCCGGCCACCCAUUGGUGCCCGCGCCAGCCGGCCCGCCGGUUGGGCUGCACGAGGCGGCAAAGCCAGGGCCCGUGCCGAUUGCCCCGGCGCCGAUCGUGCCAGACAAUCUCCAGGCAGCGGUACCGUUCGGCGGGGGGUUCCAGCCGACCGGGGGCCUCGUUGUGCAAGGGGCGCCAGCGGGCGCCAGCAGCAACUUCUCCUUGAUGCUCGACUGA